AUGACUUCUCAAAUCUCUCCAAAAUCUAUCCUCCUCCACAACGAGUUAAAGGAAAUAAUCUUUACUCUCGCCGCCUAUGUCACCCGCCUCAAGGACGACCGGUCGAAAAUCCGAUACCUCAUUGAGAAGAUGAACUCCCAUCUUGUCGAGUUGGGUUUUGACAUCGACAACAAUGCCCUCGGGGGGCGAAGCCUUCGUCGGAGCUAUAUGCGAUCCUGCAAGAUAAGGAAAGGUCUCAAUUGCGCCUGGUCGGGAUAG